AUGCAGAAGACCUCCUACUACGACAACUCGGCUGCCGCGCUGUUCGGAGGCGGCUACGCGUCCUACCAGCUGCCCGGCGGCGGGAGCGCGGGCGCCACGGCGGCGGCGGUGGGUCCUGCUAACGGCUACGCGGGCGGGGGCGGCUACGAGGGCCCGCUGUCACAUCACCAGGUUCAGACGGCGAGCUAUCAGUCGGCCAACUCUCAUCUGGAGGUGGAGUCGUACCAGCGCGCCGCGUGCUCUCUGCAGGCACUAGGGGGCAGCACUCACCAGCCGCUGGUCAAGAGCAAAGACCUGAACGGCGGCUGCAUGGGCGCACAGGCGUCUCCUCCGCUCCCGUCCAACGCCACCAACAGCAGCAGCAGCAGCACACAGCAGCAGGCGGCGGGCACGGGGAAAGCCGCGCCUGUCGUCAAAAGUGCGUCCAACUCCAGUUCAGGCUCCGCCUCCUCGUCCAGCGCCUCCUCCACGGCCACCGGAGGCUCCUCCUCUUCUUCUCUGGCCUCUAACCCUGCACUGGCCAAACACAUCUUCCCCUGGAUGAAAGAGAGUCGACAGAACACGAAGCAGAAGAACGGAUCGCCAAGCAGCAGCGCCGCCGCCAACGCCUCCGUUGCCCCCGGCGACAGUGCCAGUCCUGGAGAGAAGAGUCCGACCGGAGGCUCGUCUGCGGCGUCGAAGCGAGCGCGCACGGCGUACACCAGCGCGCAGCUGGUGGAGCUGGAGAAGGAGUUCCACUUUAACCGUUACUUGUGCCGACCGCGGCGCGUGGAGAUGGCCAACCUGCUCAACCUGUCGGAGCGACAGAUCAAGAUCUGGUUCCAGAACCGCCGCAUGAAGUACAAGAAGGACCAGAAGUCCAAGGGCCUGAGCUCCAGCUCAGGGGGCCCGUCCCCCACCGGCUCCCCCCCCCUCACCAUGCAGUCCACCGCCGGCUUCCUCAACUCCAUGCACCCCAUGAGCGGGGGCUACGACGCCCCGUCCCCCCCCUCCUUCAACAAGCACCAGGGAGUGUCCUACUCCAUGUCCACUGCCUACUCCAACGUCCCCAUGAAGGGCUGCCCCCCCCAGCAGAAGUACGGGGCCCCGGACCCCGACUACGACCCUCACCACGGAUUAGUACAGAGCAACAGCGGCGGCUACGGCACGCCGAGCAUGCAGGCCAGCCCGGUGUACGUGCAGGGAGGGGGCUACGUCCAGGAGCCCAUGGGGGGGUCCGGGCCCUCCAUGUACGCUCUCAACCACCUGGGCCCCACGCCCCCCCUCCACCAGACCAUGGACUAUAACGGAGCGGGGCCCAUGGCCAACCAGCACCAUGUGGGCGGGGCCUGUGACCCCCCCACACACGCUACCUACACCGAGCUGUCGGCGCACCACUCCUCUCAGGGCAGAAUCCAGGAAGCACCCAAACUCACGCACCUGUAG